GUCGGCGUGUCUCUGGAGUUUUCCUGGUCGCGAGGAUCGAACAAGUAGUUGAAACUGCGCCGGAAAUAGUGCAUCCACACCUCAGCCAUGGCGGUCAGGUUCUUCGCGGUUCAAACGUUGCUCUGCCUCGUAUCUUAUACUCUGGCGCAACAAUCAUUCUUCCAGCCCAUCGUCAUCCUGCUCGGUUCUGCAGCAGCCGGAAAAACUGGAAACGCAGAUCCAACCUGCCUCGUUCGAAAUCCACCAGUCGUCAGAAGGACCGACUACACGUACUUUCCGGGCAUCGGCGGCUACAAGCUGCACUCGGAAGAAGUUGGAUGGAACGAAGCUCGAAUCACCUGCGAAAAAGAAGGUGGGCAUCUGGCCAUCAUCAAUUCUGUGGCUGAGAGGGACGCAAUACUGAAAGUGAUAAAGGCAAAAACCCCGACUCCGCUUUAUGUUAUGCUCGGCUUCCACGACCUUUACCAGCAGGGUCAGUUCGUCACCAUCCAUGGGCAAACUCUGGCCCAGGCUGGGUUCAACGAGUGGGCAAAAGGAGAACCCAAUGGCUCCGGCAGAUAUGGAGCUUUACACUCGAGUGGCGGGCUCGAUGAUUACGGAAAGCCACCACUAUGCCCUUAUAUGUGCGAGCUACCGAUCUAUUGA